AUGACGGCUCGUCUAAUGUCAUGGGCACUUUUCCUUCUCGUGCGACUUCCCGAGGCUCUCGCGAAACUUCGCAGCGAGAUCGAACUUGUCACCGAGGGUUCGCACGAAUUGAGCCGGGCAAAGAUCAGCAAGAUGAAUUAUCUCCGAUGUGUGAUUAAUGAAUCUCAACGACUAUAUCCGCAGCGUCCAGUGAACAUCCGCGCGGCGACUAAAACGACAUUUCUCCCAAGCGGAGGAGGCCUCGAUAGAAGAUUCCCGGUACUCAUACCCAAAGGCACGGGUGUUGGCUAUUCGUUCUAUCAUAUGCAUAGACUGAAGAGCUCGUACGAGGAAUUUGCACUAGCAGAAGCUUCGUGUGCGAUUGUACGAACCAUUCAAACAUUCCCCGAGCUCAGAUUACCACCUGAACCACCUAGUGUUCCCCCUGGCGAGGAGAAGCAGGCUUUGACGUUUGUGGCUAUGAGUGCAGAGGGAUGUAAAGUUUUGCUGGAGUGA